AUGUUCCCCGGGACCAGGAUCUCCCGCCCGCAGUUGGAACGUUUCCCGGGAUGAGGCGCGUGCCGGUUGCGGGCCAGAAGGAGGGGGAUGAGGGAGAGGGAAAGGGAAUGAGGGUGGGAAAGGGACAGCCUGCAAACCUACCCGGAACAGACCGGCUCUCAGUCUCACCACAGAUCCUAUAGGAUCUUUGGUCUCACCCACACCGCCAGGCCAACCCGGAAGUGUUUGCAGUGAGUGCUGUGGGCUCCAGCCAGCAUUGCAAAGAAAGCCUCCUCAGGGGACGGGACGGGACGGGCAGCGAAGCGAGGGGGAAGACGCCAAAGCUGAUCUCUUGGCUGCUCGCCCUAGUUCCUACAUCUGCCAAUAACGGCUGCAGACACCGAACAGGGAAAGGUAUGCGUGAGAAUGAAGGGAUACAUUUGUAUACACUAGCAAGAUUUUAGAUCGACAAACAGUAAUGUGUUGAAGAUCUCAGUUAGGUGCUUGGAGGUGACACAACAUAUAAAGAAAUGGCUACUGAUAUGAUACCAGAGAAUUUGAAGAAUCAUCAGCAAAGGAGCAGGAAGCCUCCCAUUAGCUCCAUUGACCAUGACGCUGAGGCAGAUGAUUGUUUUAUUUUUGAAGCAGAAGAAGCUUGGAAGGAAUAUCACCGUGCUCUCUAUCAGUUCUAUGAGGGCAAAGAACUGUGCGACGUAACACUGAAGGUUGGGCCCAAACUAAUCCCGUGCCACAAAUUGGUGCUGGCGUGCGUGAUUCCAUACUUUAAGGCAAUGUUUCUUUCUGAAAUGGCUGAAGCCAAACAGGACUUGAUCGAGAUUAAAGAUUUUGACGGCAAUGCAAUGGAUGACCUUGUGAAGUUUGCUUAUUGCUCGAGGAUUAAACUUACUGUGGACAACGUGCAACCUCUUCUGUAUGCGGCAUGCAUUCUGCAGGUAGAGCUUGUGGCCAAGGCAUGCUGUGAAUACAUGAAAGCUCAUUUUCACCCGUCAAACUGCCUAGCAGUCCGGUCAUUUGCUGAGAGUCACAAUCGCGUUGACUUGAUGAGCAUGGCUGAUAAGUAUGCUUGCGAACAUUUUAACGAAGUAGUAGAAUGUGAAGACUUUAUAAAUGUUUCACCAAGGCACCUCAUUGCACUUCUUUCAUCCAGUGAUCUGAAUGUGGAAAAAGAAAAGCAAGUGUACAAUGCUGCUAUGAAGUGGCUACACUCAAAUCCGCAACAUCACGCCAAGUGGUUGGACCAAGUUCUUGCACAGGUCCGAUUGCCGUUAUUGUCCGUCGAUGUUCUCAUGGGGGUUGUGGCUAAAGAAAGCAUAAUUCGCCAGAAUCUGAAGUGCAGAGACCUGUUGGAUGAAGCCAGAAACUAUCACCUUCAGUUGAGUAACAAGCCAGUGCCAGACUUUGAAUACUCCGUACGCACAACAUCAAGAAAAUACACCGCAGGCAUCAUGUUCUGUGUGGGUGGAAGAGGAGGGGCAGGCGACCCGUUCCGCAGCAUUGAAUGUUACUCAAUCAGCAAAAACAGCUGGUUCUUUGCGCCUGAGAUGAACAGUCGGCGACGGCACGUUGGAGUCAUCUCAGUGGAUGGUAAAAUCUACGCAGUUGGGGGUCAUGAUGGAAAUGAGCAUUUGGGCAGCAUGGAAGUAUUUGAUCCAAUGACAAAUAAAUGGAUGGUGAAGGCUUCUAUGAACACUAAACGGAGAGGCAUUUCUCUGGCUUCCCUCGGGGGGCCAAUUUAUGCCAUAGGAGGUCUAGAUGAUCAUACGUGUUUCAGUGAUGUUGAAAGAUACGAUAUUGGCUCAGAUGUGUGGAGUUCUUUGGCAGCAAUGAAUACACCAAGAGGUGGCGUAGGUUCAGUUGCACUUGGGAACUACGUAUAUGCAGUUGGUGGGAAUGAUGGAAUGUUAAGUUUGUCCAGUGUCGAGAGAUAUGAUCCCUACUUAGACAAAUGGAUGGAAAUUAAGGAUAUGGGACAGAGAAGGGCUGGAAAUGGAGUUGGUGAACUGAAUGGCUGCUUGUACAUAGUUGGUGGGUUUGACGAUAACUCGCCGCUCAGCUCUGUGGAAAAAUUUGAUCCUCGUACAAACAAGUGGGAAUAUGUGGCUGAGCUAACAACACCCCGCGGUGGGGUUGGUGUGGCAUCUCUAAUGGGGAAGAUCUUUGCCGUUGGUGGCCACAAUGGCAACGUUUAUCUAAAUACUGUGGAAGCCUAUGAUCCGAUAAUGAACAGGUGGGAGUUGGUUGGAUCCAUUUCACACUGCCGGGCUGGGGCAGGAGUAGCUGUGUGUUCUUGCCUGGUCAACCAAAUCAGAGACAUCGGCCUGGGAUCCAGCAAUGUUGUCGACUGCAUGUGAUUUCUACCAUCGACACAGAAUUCAGUAGAGUUUACUGAAGAUAGAUUUUUUUCUUCCAUAAAUUACUGUUCCAUGUAGCCGGUAACCGUAGAGAGAGAAAGAAGGCCAGGGAGAAGCUCAAACUUUGUAGAUUUUAUUUCACAUUGAAAAAGAAAGGUUUGUUGGUAUUGCAGUUUCUAUUUAUAGGAAACAUUAAAUCUACUUUCAGUCUCUUCCCUUCUGUUCCCAUUUUGUCCAUUUGCCAGUCCUUGGUGGUACGUCAGUGGCCCCACUCUCUUCCUUCCCUGUCCUCGCCCCCUUUCAGGGUUCCAAAUGCAUUUAAAUUCUAGGAAGUUUGGCACCAAGUUCACCAAGCAAUAAUUAUUUAGUUUUGUGAAGCCAAAAGCAACAGUGCACUGUUCAUUUUAUUAGCUACUGUAUUUACAACAAAGCUAUUAUUUAUAAAUCCUGACAUUGUGAAUUCUUAAUAGCUUCAGACAAAAAUCUUGCAGCCGAUAGAUUUAUAACUAAGGUUUCUAGUUAUGAUUCUGACUUAAUACCCAUUUAGAACAGUGCACAUUGAUAAUGACUGACUAUUCGUUAGUACCUUUGAUCCAUGUCUUAUCAUCUUGCUUUGUCUCCUCAAAUUGUAUAUUCCACAGUUAUGUAUGAACAUUGCACAAAUUGACAUGAGCUAACUGUGAAUGUUUAUUUUAUGGAAUAAGGGAAUUAUUACAAUUAUUUUCCAGGAUAAGGAAAUGACUUGUUUCUCAUGAAUGAGUGAAACAAAAGUGGAAACCAUUUCUAGUACUUCUCCCAUUCUGAAAAUUCUGAAAAGUUCUGAGGCCACUCUGUAUUUCACAGUGAGUUCUUGAUCAUACUGGGAUUCACCAGGAAAUUAAUGUGCUUGUCCACUGCAGAGGUGUAAAACGCUAAAAUUGUGUGCAUCCCUUUUUGCCAUUUGUGCCCACAUGGCAGAGGCCCCUUCAAGGAAUACAAGGAUAUCGGAAGAAGGAUAAUAAUUGCAAGUAAUUUUGGGAAGUAGAUGGGAGAAUGCUAACCCCUCUAGCAUUUAUAACUAUGAUUUUGUUUUUAAUUUAAAUUAAAGCAAUAACAAAUGCAUUGGCACUUAACAGUCUAAACGCAUUGGGCUACAAUUUGCUAUAUAAUCCAAGGUGAAGUUCAAAAGCUUCAAAUAGCACCUAUGUAGAUGAUUUAAUUUAUUAGAAACCUAAUUCUCCCCCACUAAUUUGCCAAUAAUUCUUCCUGGCCUGUUAUUUUAGUGAGGAGGUAAAGAAACGCAUGUGGUUAUUUAACCACUGACUAUAUUUAAAAAAUACAAUUUAAUGAAUAUUGAUGAGAUUCAUAUGAUGAUCUAAAGUAAUUGUCUUUAUUACCUUCGGGAAUCGUUUUCACUCUGGGAUAAGCUCCAAUGUGAUACUUGCAAGCCACCAACAAUGCUUAAAAAUUAAAUUAAAACAUUAAAUGUUAUAAAUAUUUACAA